AUGUUUGGCCUUGUUAUUCUAUUUUUUAUUACUAUUCAUUGUGUUUAUUCACAAACUGAACUUACAUUACCAACAUUACCAUAUGCAUAUAAUGCACUUGAACCAAUUUUUUCAGAACAUUUAAUGCGAUUACAUUAUGAUAAACACUUUCAAACCUAUACAAAUAAAAGUAAUAUUGUUCUUAAGACAAUGUUUACUGAUACACAAAGUGAUAAUAAAUUAAAAGAAAUAGUUAAACAACCAAUAGAAGUUAUUUUAACACAAUUACAAAAUAUACCAUAUCAAUAUCAAUUAGCUUUAAGAUAUAAUGGUGGUGGUUAUUUUAAUCAUAAACUUUUCUUUUCAAUGUUAAAAAAACCAACAGUAAUAGGUAAUGAAAAUAAGCCAAUGGGUCCAUUACUUCAAGCUAUUGAAAAAAGUUUUGGUUCAUUUGACAAAUUCAAAGAAUUAUUUAGUAAUAUAUCAAAUGAAUUUUUUGGUUCGGGUUGGAUUUGGCUUUAUAUUGAUGCACAAACAAAACAUCUUGUUCUUAAUUAUACAGUUAAUCAAGAUAAUCCAAUUAUGUAUGAUAAAAAUCAUAUUAUUCUUUUAUGUAUUGAUCUAUGGGAACAUGCUUAUUAUCCUGUUUAUGAAAACCGUCGUAAUGAAUAUGUUGAAAAUUUCUGGCGUCUUGUUAAUUGGCCUUUUGUUAGUCAAUUGUAUAUUGAAGGUCAAACUAACCGAAGUGAUCUUUAA